UCACGAGUUACGCACUUCCUUAGCGUGCCACCUGCUAGCCAGCUAGUCUGCUGCAGGUCCGCUGCGGGUUUGUUAAUAGUUUCAGAUAUGGUGAGCGGCAGGACGAGCGCGGUACUUGCCGGCGUGUGCGGAGCCCUUUUCAUCGCAUAUUGUGUUUAUUUUGACAGAAAGCGGCGAAGUGACCCCCGCUUCAAGGAAAAGCUGCGUGAACGUAGAAGACGGCAGAAGGUUUCUAGUGAGAAGUCCGGACUGUCAAAGCUGCCCGACUUGAAGGACGCGGAAGCUGUCCAGAAAUUCUUCUUGGAGGAAAUCCAACUGGGAGAGGAGCUCCUGGCACAAGGUGAAUUUGAGAAGGGCGUAGACCAUCUGACCAAUGCCAUUGCAGUAUGUGGACAACCUCAGCAGCUGCUCCAGGUUCUCCAGCAGACGCUGCCUCCCCCAGUUUUCCAAAUGCUCCUCACAAAACUACCCAGCAUCAGCCAGCGACUCAUCAGCUCCCAGUCUUUAUCAGAAGAUGACGUCGAAUGAGUGUGUGUGAGGUGGAAGUCUGCUAGUACCGCUCUGUUAAAGGGAUUUCGAGCACUUAAACUGCUUGGCACCGUGACUGUGUGUGUGAACAUGGAGGACACUGAACGGUUACUCUUCUGGGACAUGUAAAACACAUUCCUUCUUGUUUUCUAGCUGUCCAUGUACUGUAUAUAUUUUCCUUGAAAGGUAAUUGUGUUAAGGCCAGGUGUUGCCGAUAUUCAUUACAGUUGAUUAAAUGUACACUACCGGUCAAAUGUUUUA